AUUCUUCCCAUUCGCCAUGCGAACCGUCCUUAUAUUCUUACUACCUUUAGUGGCAGCUGUGUCGGCUCAAAGAUGUCUUGAUAAUGGAGACAACCUGAUCAGCGGGAUAUGCUACAAGAUGGUGAAUCUUCAGCUCUCGUACAAUGAUGCUCUUGACUGGUGUCACUACAAAAAUCCGGUAGUGCAAUCAAAUUUGGCAACGAUCCCUGAUCCGUCUACAGCGAAUUUUUUAGCAUCCUACGCCCGUACAGCCUUCGGAGUCGACUCUGGACAAUUUUGGAUUGGGUUGCGCCGAAAUUCCUCUGGCGGAAUCCCCUGGUGGUGGGACGACGGAUCCUCGUUGAGAUGGACAAAUUUUGGUACCCAAUUGAGUCAUGACUAUGUCGCUCAGAGCAUAGUCAACGCGAAAUGGAACACGUUUUUGGGCACCGAAAAGAACUUUUUCGUGUGUAGCUACAAUCCGAACUUUAUAACCACAGAGUACCCGACUACUACAGAUGACACGUCGUGCCAACCAGAAAGCCCGGUAACUCUGUUAUUCGCCUACUCGAAUGAUUUGGAUCCAGAUGUUUUGGAAUCCACCUGGGGAGCUACAGACUUUGGAGAGUAUCCUAAUUUUGCGGCUUAUGCAACAGUGCGUUUCGAUCUGAGAGUUGCAGAGGAUAUUGCGUAUCACACGACCAUUGAAAGUGCCAACACAUACAUCACCUCACACCCACCUGAUCCAACGUUGGGAUUUACUAGCACCUCUGUUGGAAGUGACUCGCUAAGUAUUGUUGAGAAUUUCUAUAAGAAUCAGCAAUUGUCGGUGUGCGGUUCUGUGGUCCUGCUCCUCUCAAAACGGAAUCCAAAUGAGACCGAAAUUUCUCAAAUCGUGUCCCUUGUCCGCCGCCAUCAUGGACUGGUUCAUGCCAUUAUGUCAGUUAAUCCGUCCGGAGGGUCACAGCCAAAAGCGCUGUACAAUUUGGUUUCGAAGACAAAUGGAGUGGCGGCUUUCGAGCAAGACUCGGAGUUCUCUGAUUUCAUUCUUCAUUUGCCAAUGUUCUUGACUCCGUACCCGCUCUAUUGUGCAAAUCCAAAAGUCUCCGGCACCAACUCCACAGAGCUUCCGCCGUUGUCUGUUUCCAGUGAAGACAGUUAUUAUACUAUCAUGGUUGUUCAAGAUCAUUAUCCAUCGGACAGUUUUCAAUCUAGCCAGCUCAAGUGGUGGCCCUCAGGACAACAACCCUUCGGGUUCUCACUUACUAAAUCGGAUCUGAUCGGAAACGAUGCAAACACCUGGAUAACUCUGGAAGCUACCUCAUACAACAUGACACUAGACUACUCCUACGCAACGACAGUCCCGCAAGCCAUCCAGAUCAGAAUUUUCAGUGGAAGCCCACUGGACUAUUGGCUACCGUACUGCGACUAGACUGGACUAUAAUUACUUUGAUUGUCUAAAUUUCACACUUCAUUUGCUUUUCUCUGUUGAAAUAAAUAUGACUUUUCCUCUUCCCACUACUUAAAAACGGCUUAAAACUGCCAUAACUUCUUAUCAGUGUUACAUUCUCUAUUUUCAUUCCAAAUUCACACACUAUUUCUCAAUACUUCAGUUGUUCCAAAUGAAAAUACUUCCGUUU